CUUCUCUCAUCUGUACAUAUAUCAAAUUGGCUUAAAUUUAAUAUUUAUCUGGGUUUUGGGGUUUUGUAAUCGGUUCCUAGAGUUUAUAUUUUCUUUUUUUCUCUCCUCAAUGGCGUCUUCAUUGAAAGAUGUGGAUCGGAUCAAAGGUCCAUGGAGUCCGGAAGAUGAUGAGGCUUUACAGCGGUUGGUUCAAACGUACGGACCCAGGAACUGGUCGUUGAUAAGCAAAUCAAUACCGGGUCGAUCGGGGAAGUCGUGUAGGCUUCGAUGGUGCAACCAGCUUUCCCCCGAGGUUCAACACCGUCCUUUCAGUCCCGAGGAAGAUGAAACGAUAAUCCGAGCCCAUGCGCGAUUCGGUAACAAAUGGGCUACCAUCGCCCGACUACUCAAUGGUCGUACCGAUAACGCGAUUAAGAACCACUGGAACUCCACGCUAAAGCGAAAAUCCAUGACCGAGGAUUUAAACGACGACUCCCCACAGCCACUUAAAAGAUCCGCCAGUCUAGGAAAUGGUAAUAAUACAACGGGUCUUUAUUUGAAUCCAAGUAGUCCUUCAGGAUCCGAUUUGAGUGACUUGAGUUUACCCGCUUCCACACCGGUUUUCACUCCGACAGCAACGGCCUCAUCGACAACGGACCCACCUACUUUACUCAGCCUCUCGCUGCCGGGUUUCGAUUGUUGCGAAAACAAGGACCCAGGACCCGUACACCCACCCGAAUUCAACCCUGUUCCAAACCCGACCAAGGUUGCAGCAGCAUUAGUAGCACCUGCUGGGGAGAUAGAGAAGCAGUUUUUUAACGCAGAGUUUUUGGCAGUGAUGCAGGAGAUGAUAAGAAAAGAAGUGAGAAACUAUAUGGAUGGGAUCGAUAAGAAUGAGCUUUGUUUGCAAACAGAGGCUAUUAGAAAUGCUGUUGUUAAGCGUAUUGGAAUUAGUAAAAUCGAGUAGGCUCACCAUAAGAGGACCAAAAUUGAAAAUUGUUUAGUUUCUUUCGUUUGCCUUUAUUUGUUUUAAAAUUGGUGUUUGCUAAUUCGGUUAUAGAAAUUAUGAUUUUGGUAGUGUACAGAGGGG